UUUUGCACCCGUCCCGGCGCAGUUCAGCUAUAAAAGCAGCCCGCCGCGUGCUCCGCUCCACCACGCCUCCUCCAAGUGCUACCUGUUCCUUCAGCAUCCGUCUGCAGACUCGUCUAGCCGCCUCUGCUCGUCAUGGAUCCCAACUGCUCCUGUGCCAUCGGUGGAUCCUGCUCUUGCGCCGGCUCCUGCAAAUGCAAAGAGUGCAAAUGCACCUCCUGCAAAAAGAGUUGCUGCUCCUGCUGCCCCCAGGACUGUGCCAAGUGCGCCCAGGGCUGUGUCUGCAAAGGGGCAUCGGACAAGUGCAGCUGCUGUGCCUGAGCUUGGAGAGACUGCUCCAGAUGUAAAUAGAGCCAUGUGUCCAAACCUGCAUUUUUUUUCGAACGACCUGACCCCUUUCCUACAUUCCUUUUUCUAUGAAAUAUGUGAA